CUCGCAUGUCUCAUUGUGGAAACACUUCAAAUUACAUGCCUCCUGAGAUUAAGUUAAAACUUUAACCAGUGACAGAGUGCGAAUCGAGAAGAGCUUAUUACAGAGCAUGCCCUUAGGUGGAACAAAAAAAAAAUUGGUGUUAUGGCCCAGAGUCUUGCUCAGCGAUAUAUUCGUAAGUCGAAUCCUACCAGGGUACUUCCAGCAGUAUUCGGCUUCAAGAUGAAAUAGAAAUGUUGGUGUCAACCUUAGAGCAGACUUCUCAUACAAUGAACAAAUUGGAUGGUCCCCACUGGUUUGGGUGGAACGAACAAGUGUAGCAAUGGAUACUAAAGGGCCAAAAAAUUCUGCAAAGUCAUCCAAGCAGCGCACAAGAUUGCGUUGUAAGAUUUCUACAGAAAAGGCCAAAGUUACCUCUCGAAUACAGCAGUAUAAUGAGCAGACACAGUGUGAUCAAGUUUCCAACCUUCAAUCUACAUCUACUGUCUCUGAAGUCAUGAAAGGAAACCUCCCCUUGGAAGGAAGUGCAGAUCCUGACUGGUACUCCAGCAUACUCGUGGAUGACAACUCAGAAAUGGUGAUCCAACGAAAUUUGACGGAAACGAAGUACAAAACUACUUCAACAAGUGCGCGGGUACUUCGAGGAAAAAUAAGUUUAGCGAAAAAAGGGAUUGCUCUCUGUAAGAGCCAAAUGUAUUGUGCAGCCACCAAGUUUAAAGCUGCAUUAACAGGGAGUGGAUACGAAGAAUGCCUGAACAUUGAAGAGAACGCAGAAAUUGGUGACAAGGAUGAUAAUGAUUAUGACGAUGACCGUUCUGACAGCCGGCACCGAUGACUAUUCUGAUGAUGAUACGCCUACAAAUUACCAGCCAACUUCAGAAGAAAAUGUAGACGUUGUUGGCGAGAAAGUUACCCAGUCUAACACAUUUUCAUGGAAAUUUCCCCCAGAAAUCAGCCAGUCAACUCUAGACGGACGAAACGGAAGUUCCGCUUGCAGCGUCAGAGCUGUAAUCUUUGCACACGGAGUAUGGCACGAGCGCCUGGAUCUUCAACCCUCGAGUUCACUAUGCCAUCUGUGGGUUAAAUUACUAAUUGCAUCCAUCAGAGUGGGAAAUCGACUCUAUGAUCGCUGUCGACAUAGCCUGCCUCAUCGCUUCCUUUCAGCUGCAGAGGCUGCUUCUGUCGCAGAGCAAUGUAUCAGCGUGUCUGUAGGAUCCCCUUUGGCUGUACGCAGAGCAAUGUAUCAGCGUGUCUGUAGGAUCCCCUUUGGCUGUACGCAGAGCAAUGUAUCAGCGUGUCUGUAGGAUCCCCUUUGGCUGUACGCAGAGCAAUGUAUCAGCGUGUCUGUAGGAUCCCCUUUGGCUGUACGCAGAGCAAUGUAUCAGCGUGUCUGUAGGAUCCCCUUUGGCUGUACGCAGAGCAAUGUAUCAGCGUGUCUGUAGGAUCCCCUUUGGCUGUACGCAGAGCAAUGUAUCAGCGUGUCUGUAGGAUCCCCUUUGGCUGUACGCAGAGCAAUGUAUCAGCGUGUCUGUAGGAUCCCCUUUGGCUGUACGCAGAGCAAUGUAUCAGCGUGUCUGUAGGAUCCCCUUUGGCUGUACGCAGAGCAAUGUAUCAGCGUGUCUGUAGGAUCCCCUUUGGCUGUACGCAGAGCAAUGUAUCAGCGUGUCUGUAGGAUCCCCUUUGGCUGUACGCAGAGCAAUGUAUCAGCGUGUCUGUAGGAUCCCCUUUGGCU